AUCUAAUUAUCCUCAACCUUUUAAAUACCUGAAAAUUAUAUGUUAUAAUAAAUUUAGAAAGAGUUAUUUUGGUGACUUAUUAAAAGUACAGAAAAGUAACCAUAUUUGAUAUCAUUCAAAACGUAAACUUUGAGACCUUAAAAUUUAAUCAAGCCUCAAGAGUUGUAAUAUUGGAUAAUUAAUAUACCAAAAGAAUUGCUCAUAGAGAUUUGAAACAUGAAAAGGUGAUGUUAUGUAGAGGAAAGUAAAAUUUCUUUCACAUUACAAAUUAAUCUUCUAAAAUUUGUAUGAUUACAUUUAAUUUAAUUUUUUAGAAUAGAGUUAUAAUCAAAAAGAUAAAUUUUAAUUAAAACAAAAAGCAAAGUAACUUUUAUAAUAUAUAUAUCAUAGAAUGGUCAGUAAUUGACUUUAGUACCUCUUUAGUAGUUGAAGGUACCUGCUGAAUUAUCACAGAAAUACAAAUAAAUCAAAUCCUCAUUCUAAAUAUCAGAAGAAUCAUUCAUUAAUAGAUGUACUUUUUGUUGAAUAGCAGAAAAUGUAAAAUCAGAAAUGCUUGAAGAAGAAGCCUGUUAAUAUAUUAAGUUAAUGAGCCAUUGCCAUCAAAUAUUUAAAUAUAUUUACAAUUGUUACUCAAUUUAAUGAUAACACAUAUCACUUAGGAUAUUAAAAAAUGAAAAAUACUUAAUUAAGAAUACAAAAAUUGUUAAUUUUUUGGCUAUUAAUUUCAUCCAAAAAAUUGUAGAAAGGAAUUCCUUCUCUAGAUAGGCAACAAAUGAAUAUAUGAUCCUAAAUCACAUUCUUUUUCAAGGAAUUUAAUAAGAUAAAUUAUUAAGCUUUAAGAACCAUAAAAAAGUUUUAUCUGUUAUUUUAGCUGAAAAUUCAUCGACUCAGACUUAUAAUAUGGAGGAAAAAGAAAAUCAAAACUUAAAUUUUGUGGAGUAGUUCAAUAUAAAAUCGAAUGAUUUAUUUAUAGACCAUUAGAUUUGGUAUUAAUAGAAGGAAAAAAUUGGCACUAUUUGAA